AUCGCUGAGUAGCUUCAUGCUACUAUGGUGGAAAAGGGCGAUGUUGUUCUCCAAGAAGCAACAUCGCAACUUCCCUUGGAAACCCCGAUGGAGGACGUCACUUUACCCGAGGAUGUAGGUUUUCAGAUCAUGACUGAGGUCCUGGAUCAAAAGUACGGUCGUCGUCAUGGCAAGGUUGUUCGGGGUAUGGGGAAGGCGCGGGUUUGUGAGACGGGUGCCUCUUCUUCCAAAUCGACCACAGGAGAGGUCAACGCCCUGAAGGAGGAAGUGACAACCCUUAAAGGUCAGCUUGCAGCCCAGGACGAGCAGAUAAAGGCCCAAAGUGAGCAGAUGAGGGCCCAGAGCGAGCAUAUAAAGGCGGAGAACGAGCAGAUGAGAGCUGAGAACGAACAGAUGAAGGCCCAGAUGAGUAUGAUUGUACAUGCCUUAGCGGUGUCCGGUCUCCAAAUCCAGCUACCAGCACCUGAUCUUACUCCACCUUCGACCUCCCAGCCACCUCACCUACCCAAUACCCAGUAGUUUUCAAACCUAGAAGACUACUUGUUGUAGUUUUAUCUUUUUUUGUUUAGACAUC